AUGUUAAAAAUUAUUUUUUUAAUUCUAAUCAUAUUUGCACGCAUUGAUUCUAUAAGUACAAAAGAGGUAACAGGGAGCGCACAAGAUGGAAAACAGUAUGUGAAAACGGAGAGCCCAACAUAUACUCCAAAGAAAAAAACCAAAGUUAUUUUUUAUAUGCCUGGACAAGAGCAGGAAGAAGAGGAAGAUGACAAUGAUCCUAAUGGGAGUAAAAAAAAUGGGAAAUCCGACCCCCGCUCCAAUAAAGGAACACACUUGGGUUCAAGAACUGAUGCAGGUAAUUCACCAGGAGGAUUUAAUAAAGGAUCAGCAGUGGGAUCGGAACCCAAGACAGCAUCAAAUAACUAUAAUGGAGGUGCCGGUGGAGGAAUAAAUAUUGACAUGACUCACCAUGGUGAUAACGGGAAUAAGGGAGUACAAGGAAAUGGUGGGUUCAACAAAAAUCAACAAGACAGAUUAAAGGACGAAUAUGAUAAGAUUAGAAAACAGGAAGAAGAAGAGGAAGAAAGGAUAAACAAUCAAAGAAGGGCUGAUAUGAAGAAAAAUCAAAAGGGGAAGAACCAAUUUGGGCAUGAUAAAGGAGUACAGGAUUCUUUACCCAACACGCAAUAUGAACUCUCAGAUCCUCAUUCAGGUAAUACAACACCGAAUGCAAAAAAUAGAGGCACUACUGGAAUUUAUGAUGAACUAGGAAAUGGACCUUACAAUUUAGUUGGCAAACAAAGCGAAGGGGUAACCCCUACUGCACCUCCAUAUGAGCAUUAUGAUAAGCAUGGCGCUGGGGGAAAGGGUUACGGGCCGUAUGGUGGAUCGGAUGGAAAAUCUUACGGGCCGUAUGGUGGAUCUGAUGGGAAAGAUUAUGGACUGUAUGGUGGAUCUGAUGGAAAGGGUUACGGGCCAUAUGGUGGAUCCGGUGGAAAGGGUUCCGGACCAUAUGGUGGAUCUGAUGGAAAAGCUUACGGUCCCUAUGGUGGAUCGGAUGGAAAGGGCACGUGGCCUGAUGGUACAGGUGGUAAUGCUUACCAUGGCGGAUAUGACAAAGAAGGAACGAACCCAACAUACACAUCACACCUAAAUAUAAACCUUGGAGAUGGUAAGGGAGAUCAUGGUCGAAGGAAUGGCAUGGAAGGAUAUCCGAAUUAUUUUAAAAAACAUUUCAGACCUGGGGAUGCAAAAGGAACAGGUACUGAUGGGUAUGAACCAGGAACUAAUGGCACGCAACAUGGGGGCAGUGGAGUAGCUCCAGGGGGAGGAGACUAUGGACAAAAUGGAAGUGGAGCUAAUGGGCAAAAUAUAUAUGGACCCCAUGGGAAUAACGGAGUUGGACCUGCAAGCUAUGGUAUAGACUUUGGGAAAAAUGGCAAUGGAAAAAAAAAUGGAGGUGGACCAGGCGAAGAUGGGGCAAACACAACAAACCCCUCAUAUGAUGAAGGAGGCUAUGAAAAAAAUAAUGGACCAGAAAGGUAUGAUGGAAACGGAACUCCAUACUAUGUCGAGCAUCCCGAUGAUAAUAAGGGAAGAGGAACGACAACUUAUGGGUUAGAUCAGGGGAAAAAUGGUGGCACGAAUGGUGGUCAUGGAAACGGUGGAAACGGUGGAAGCGGUGGAAACGGACAAGGAGGUUACGGAGAAGCCGGCCAUGGAAAGGGUGGAUACGGACAAGGAGGUUACGGAGGAGCUGGCCAUGGAAACGGUGGAUACGGACAAGGUGGUUACGGAGGAGCUGGCCAUGGAAACGGUGGAUACGGACCAGAUGGAAACGGGCAAAACUACCCAGGAAGCGCAAACAAAGCAGGGACCCAUUCCAUGCACAAUAAUGAAAAAAGCAAUUCUCCAAUGUUAGAUUACAUCCAUGGGUUACGACCUGUUAAUACAGGUGAGGGACAGGGAAUUUACGGAGGAAAUGGAAUUAAUAGCCCAUUAGUAUAUCAUGUACAACACGGGGGAAAUGGUCGUAAGAACAGUAGCGAUAAAGGAACGAGCGACGAGACCUCCGACGAAGAGAACGAUACAUACGACAGGAUGAGAAACAAAAGAAGGGUGAAAAGAAAUCCAGGGGGAAGAAAUAGAAGCUCCAAUUCCUCCCAAGAUGGAGAUAUGGAUUCUGAGGAUACCGAGUAUGAGUUAGAUGAAGGUGGUGUUAAAAGAUUAAAACCUAAGAACAAAGGAAGUGCGUCGUCGGAGGAAAGUGACGGAUAUCCUUACGCAGAAGGAACAAAUCACAGUGAAUUUCCCAGGAUGAAUGGUAGAGGAGUGGGGAAUUACGGAACACAUAGUGUAGGAUCAGGGUAUAAUAAAAAUAACGAUGAAAACGGAUUUACUCCUAUCACCGUCAAGUAUGACAACACGCAUGCGAAACGUAGAGCAAACGAAAUUGAGGAAAACCUGAAUAAAGGGGAAUAUUCUAGAACAAAGAUGGCAAAUAGAAAGAAUGGUGACAAGUCGGGGGGAAGUGAAUCUGACGCUGAAGAAUCAGAUGUAGAUCCUUCCAAUGUCUUUUACGUAGACAACGGACAAGAUAUGCUAAUUAAGGAGAAAAUGUCUAGGUCGGAAGGAUCAGACGAAAUGUCGGAGGAAGGAUUGAACGUAAAAUAUAAAACAGAAAAAGGGCCUGUAAAUUAUCACUUUUCAAAUUACAUGAAUUUAGAUAAAAAAAAUACGUUAAGCUCCAAUGAAAUAGAAUUAGAAAAAAUGAUAGGAUCUAAAUUCUCAGAAGAGGUAGAUAAAUAUUGUCGUCUUAAUGAACCUUUACAAAAAAAAGGAGAUUUCUUAAACCUUUCUUUUGAGUAUUCCAGGGCAUUGGAAGAACUAAGAAGCGAAAUGAUUAAGGAAUUGCAAAGGAGGAAAGCAGUGGGAUAUAAUAAUUAUAAUAAUAUUUUAAAGGCCAUUUAUAAUCCUGUGAAUAGAAAAAAUACAAACUUGGGGCGAGACGCAUACGAAGAUAAAAACUUCAUCUCACAGGCUAACGAGUUUCGAAAUGAACAAAUCCAACCGUUAAGUGCCAAGUAUAACAAAAUAUUAAGACAAUACCUUUGUCACGUAUUUGUGAACAACCCAGGAACAAAUCAGUUAGAGAGAUUAUACUAUCAUAAUUUAGCCUUAGGAGAACUGAUUCAACCGAUUAGGAAGAAAUAUAGCAAACAAGCAUCUUCCUCUGUGGGUCUAAACUACGAAAUUUACAUAGCGGCUUCUUCUAACAUAUAUCUAUUAGGCCAUCUACUAAUGUUGUCCUUAGCUUACCUUUCGUACAAUCACUACUUUGUACAAGGGUUGAAACAUUUUUAUUCGUUAGAAACCAUGCUGAUGGCCAAUUCGGAUUACACCUUCUUCAUGUACAAUGAAGUUUGCAAUGUAUAUUAUCAGCCCAAGAAAUUAUUCGAUAAAGACAUAACCUUCAUCCCAAUUGAAUCUAGACCCGGUAGACACAGUACCUAUGUAGGAGAAAGGAAAGUAACUUGUGAUCUAUUAGAAUUGAUUCUAAAUGCAUAUACAUUGAUAAAUAUACACGAAAUACAAAAGGUAUUUAACAAUAGUGACACCUAUGGUUAUGAAAACUCCAUCUCGUUUGCGCACAAUGCAGUAAGAAUAUUCUCACAGGUGUGUCCAAGGGAUGAUGCCAAAAAUACCCUCAGUUGCGAUUUUGAAAAAUCUACUCUGUAUAACCCUAAAAUUCUAAAAAUAGACCAAGAGGAUAAGGAAAACCAGAGACGCUUAAAAAGAGCCUUUGAUAUGUUACGAACUUUUGCCGAAAUAGAAAAUGCGUCCUACCAACCAGAGCCAAAUCCGAAUUAUAUAAAUCUCAUUUUUGAGCAGAACUUAUACACGGAUUUUUAUAAGUAUCUAUUUUGGUAUGAUAACAGAGAAUUUAUAAACGUACAAAUUAGAAACUCUGGAGGAAAGAAAAAAGGAAGGAAGACCAAAUAUGUCUAUGAUGAUUUUGUCAAGAGAGGAAAACAAUUAAAAGAUAAACUGAUAAAAAUGGAUGCCAAGUACAAUGCCAGAAGUAAAGCACUAUUAGUUUUCUACGCCCUGGUGGAUAAAUAUUCCAACAUUUUUAGGAAAAGCGAAAAUGUUAGAAAGUUCUUCCUAAACGAUGUAUCGUCCAUACGACAUCAUUUGUACUUAAAUAGUGUCUUGUCUAAAUCUCCCAAGUCUAAUUUAGACUCAAUGAAAAAGACACUAGAAGAAUUGCAGUCGUUAACAAACUCCCCCUUAAAAUUUAUGGUACGAGGAAAUAAUUUAAAGUUUAUAAACAGCGUAGCUAGAUUUGAGAACUUAUUCUACGUGAACUUGUUCAUAAUGUCAUCCCUUUCGAGGAAGGAUCCAGUCAAGAGCUACUACAAUGAGAAGAAGAAAAUGCUAACUGCAACCAUGUCUGAGAAGUUUGCAACUUCUACAUCGGCCUUAAUACCACAUAAACUUCGCAAGCUUGUGGUGACCAUGAAAAAGGGACUCUUAAAAAAGAGAUUGCUAACUGCGCUUGCUAAAAUGAAACUGUUGCAACACAUUCCUGCACAUCUGCUAGAAAAUAUAACGACCACCAUCCGGUUUACCACGCAUAGUAUCGCUUCGAGGGAAAUUAUUCAAAACGCGAAAUUUAUGCCAAAAAAUGUAAAUUUUUAUCGAAACCGAAAUUUAGAGCUAGCCAAACAGAUAUUUACGGACGGGGGAUUCGCAAAGUAUGCCGACAAUUUGAUGUCCACGUGGUUCAAUAAAGGGUUCGAAGAGUAUAAAAGAAAAAAAAUUGAAACACAAAGAAUGGAAUAUUCAAUUGAGAAGCAACUGAAAGAGUACAGUAAUAAUGAUAUCAGUGCAAGCGAAGGAAUGACAGAGCAAGAAAGGUUAGAGCAAGAGGAAAAUGAUUUAAAUGAAGAAAAGGAAAAACAAUGGCAAGAGAAUAAAUUAAUUUUCAAUCAAAAUGACAAGUGGGAUCAUUACAUAAAUAAAGAAUUCGCAAAAGCUUUAGGAAUAUGGCUAGAGCUUUCGGACAAUGGAUAUAACAGGGACUCUUUCAUCUACAAGGUUGUUGAAGAUAGUAAGUACCUACUAGAAAAUAACAUCGAAGAUAGUAUUAUGUUCUCCAGAACAGUCAAGCCAACGAAACAAACAGUAUUUCGAAAAUUUUUCAAAAAAAUUACUUCCCUUGGAAAUAUGCUCCUGCGAAAACCAAGUUUUAAAGUAGAACAUGCCAUUUGGUUUGGAGCAACAAUCAACAUGAAAAAGGCAAUGAUGUUGCUAGAAAAAGUGGCAGAGUUACAUAAGCUUCUACGUAAUGAGGAUGAAUCUUGGCUGAUUAAUGAAGCCUUCAUCGAAAUUGUUGAUCAUGUAGUGCAAAUCAGCACGGAAAGACGUCUACGUGAACCUUUCAGUGUAGCUAGAAACCCGGGGAUGAUGGCUAUCAGCCCAGCAUAUGCCCAAUUAAAUAAUGAAGAUAGAAUGAAGGAAUUACAAAAUUCCAUGUGCGCUGAUCAUUGUUCUGCCUUGUGGAAAACUAUUUCCACUUUUGCUUUGCAACAUUUGAAGAACCCAGAAAGUUUACAUUCUUAUGAAUCCAAAUUUUCUAAAAAUUCAUUUGGCAACAAAAUUGAUGACCAAAAUUUUGUGAACGAUUUUAAAAUGAUCCUUGGGGGUGAUGCUGUCCUGCACUACUUCGAUGUUUUACUACCCAAGUCAAUGAAGAAAGAGUUGAAGGCCAUGAAAAAUGGAGUCUCCCUAUCCUCUGCCUUUUCUCUAAAAUUAACGAAAUUGAUUUUUAGCGAAUUGCAAUUACCUUACUUAAGCCAAAUGUUCUACACGCAAGCUCCAUACUUUGGGCACUUCAUAGGCAAAUGGCAAAAGGAAAGAGAAAAAAGUAGGAUGAAAGAAAUACUAGGGUUCAUGACUCUGGGCACUUUAUCUGCAUACACCCUACUCAGCGCAAUGGAUAUAACUCAGCACGCUAGUGACAUCGGAAUGGGACCUGUUACAAGUUGUUACACGUCUACUAUCCCACCACCUAAACAAGUGUGCAUCCAACAAGCGGUUAAAGUAACUUUAACUAACUCCACACAAGCUUGCAUGAAGAGUGUUUUCUCCGUUGGUCUCUUCGCAUCCAUUGGACCAUACCUAUUUGCACCCAUGGCCGGUCUAGCUCUCUGGAAUGUUUUAAAAUCAGAGUUUAAGGUUAUUCAAAGAGUUGAUAUGGCGCUCAAGAGUGUGUUUAAAAAUAUGUGGAACAAAUUCCUGUCAAUAAAGGGAAUUCGCAAACUGAAACAUAUUUUCAAAAGAAAGAAGACCAUGAAAAAGAAAAUUAUCGAAAAGGCAGAACAGAAAAUGUUGGAAAUGAAAAAUAACCCCCAAAUGGCUAAGAAUCAUAAGCUCAUGGUCCAAAAGUUACACAAGAAUGUGUCGGGAAGUUAUCACUACAUAUCGUACGCCCGCAUACAGAUGUAG